AACGCAUUUACACAAUGCUCUUAUCAUCACGGAUAGCCCUUCGGAGCGCCUCCAGCAUCCGCUGCUUCUCUACCUCUUCAAGACAUCUUCGGUCUGAUCUCUCUUUUCAAGUCUACGGACCGGAAAAGGCUCACCCUAGGCGCAAUCCUAUCGUCUUCCUGCACGGCCUUUUCGGCUCAAAGCAGAACAACAGGAGCAUUAGCCGGGCUAUCGCACGUGAUCUGAAGCGUGAGGUGUAUAUAGUGGACCUCCGUAACCACGGCAACUCUUUCCAUGAUACCGAGCACAACUACCCUGUCAUGGCGGAUGAUGUGGCCGAGUUCAUCCACAAGCAUGACUUGAGCAAAUGUGUUCUUAUCGGUCAUUCUAUGGGCGCGAAAGCUGCCAUGACCGUUGCCCUCAACGCCCCCGAGCUCGUCUCAGCUCUUGUCCCUGUCGACAACGCACCCGUGAACGCGCCUCUUCGCACCGAUUUUGACAAGUACAUUAAGGGCAUGCAGCAUGUUGAGUCCGCGAAUGUAACGAAGCAGUCUGACGCGGACAAAAUCCUGCAGGAAUAUGAAGAAGCCCUCCCUAUUCGCCAAUUCCUCCUCACAAACCUCAUACGCUCUCCAGAGAACCAGACGAUGAAGUUCCGCGUCCCUCUUUCGACGCUAGGUGCGUCACUCAGAGCAAUGGGUGAUUUCCCAUUCUCGCAGCCUGGGUCUGUGCAGUAUAAGGGGCCUACGCUUGUUAUUAGGGGUACAAAGAGUCCCUAUGUCUCUGAGGAUACGUUCCCAAUUAUCAAAGCCUUUUUCCCGAAUUCGAAAAUUGCGGAUGUCGAGGCCGGGCAUUGGCUUAUCUCGGAGAAUCCAGAGGCGUUUAGGAAGGCUGUGGUCGACUUCUUGCAAGAGAUAGAUUAGAGGUAGAAGCUGGAAGUGAAGCAAUGGGUGCAAUUGUUGAUCAGAUUCCAUCUUCAUAUGUUCUUGUUCCAUUUGGGUUAUACUCAUACAUAGAAAUACAUAGACGACUCCAUAGAAACCACGCCUUCCAAGCCGAAAUGAAGGGUAUGAAGAAAAGUUAACUUCGGUAAGCGCCCACGUAGAAAAUAAAGCUGCAGUAAAAGACCAUGGCCUUCAACACCAGAUAACGCCAAUGCUUAGAUUCAGUUCAUUGCGCCGCCCAAGAUUCAAGAGACACAGCAGGUAGUAAGGGUAUUCGAGAAUAGAAUAAAUGCAGCAAAGAAAGAGAAAAGCGGUGGAAAAAUCUCCAUGUCGGCGUAGUCGUUGAAGAGAUCCACCACAGUUGGAUCAUGGGGUUCUGAUUCUAUCGGCUUCUUGUAGUUUUCUUUCUCUUCCGACGAGAUACAUCUGGAGAGUCUUUCUGGGUGCCGUUCAAGCCAGGGGAGCGGGGAGCCGGGGAGUUUGAUGUUGGCUGUGAGGUGUCUUCGUCCGACUCUGAACGAAGACGUUUGAUCUUCAUGCCCUGAGAACGGUCGGCGUGUAACAGGUCUGGUCUCAAGGCCGGAGGAAGC